GCGGACAGUGCGCUGACGUCAGUGAUAGGAGCGUGUAAUUGACUGUACCCGGAAGCGAUGUAAAACAAACACAAAGACGCAACAAGAAGGAGCAGCAUGAAGUGCGUUGGAAUCCUGGCCCUUGUGGCUUUGUUUUGCGUAGUAUCUGCUCAGUACGACUUCCCUCAGAUACAGAUUGCUGGGCCCCUGAGCCCUGUAGAUGAAGGAGAAGAUGUGACCUUGGAGUGUUUGUCAGACUUUGACAGUGACCUGGAACAUUACACCUUCCAAAAGUACAGCAAGUGGAUGAAAACCUGGUUUGAUGUGGGAGCAGGUCAUUACUUCCGUUGUUGGUAUUAUAACCUUAAUGUGUCUCGUGAAGAUGGUCGUCUCCUCCUGCACCUUAGUGACAUUACUGAAUGGCAGAGUGGUCCCUAUCGCUGUGUGUAUUAUGGAAACGAGAGCAGAGAAUUUUCUGCAUCUAAUAACUUCAGUGUUCCAGUGUAUUACUUGCGUGACAUAUACCUAGAAAGGUUGAAGGGCUGGUCCACCACAGUGCCGGAUAUUGUUUAUGUUGAAGAAGGAGAUGACGUGCAGAUCAAAUGUUCCGUAUCCUCAUCACAGCAGCCUAUUUAUGAAUGGAAUCUGGAGAAUAGCGACUGGAUCUUGCCCUCCGACACCCUUGUUCUAAAAAAAGUCAGCCAGGUGGUUGACUCUGGGAAGUACACAUGCAAAGCUUUUAACCCUGAGAACAAGUUGAGCAAGGAGAAAAGCUUUGAACUGCUCGUGGCACCCAAAUCUGCUGAAGUGAAAUUUGGUGGUCUGGGACUGGCACAAAAUGAAAUUCUAUUAUAUUUCAUUGCUCCUGCUUUGACAUUACUUCUGCCCCUGUUGUUUCUGAUUAUAAUAAUAAUCCGUAAACGGAGAAGUCAGAUGAGGAAACCACAGAUCAGCCUGAUUGACUCUGAGAAACGGAGCCCAAUAUAUAAAGGAAGUGCUGAGUCUGUGUAUACAAAUACAGCAGACACGCAGCCCCUCGUCAUGUAAAUGCAUAGAGGAUCAGGGCUGCUGGAGACAUGGAGGCUGCUCAGCUGGGAUAAUCUACAUGUCUCUCAAUCUAAAAUAACAUACUUCUGUGUGCCUAUCUGGUGACGGGCUUUCAGCAUGCAACAAAUCGCAGACAAGAGUGAACACAGUGCGAGAACAGAAAAGAAGUGGGCUGGCGUGUUUUGUUUUUGAUGUGACAGUCAAAUUUGUUCAGGGAAAUUUGUGGUGGUAAAUUGUAGUGUGAAAUAAUUGCUCCGAUUAAUCAACUGCAAUCCAGACAUGAUUACAACAGCUUUGGAGUGUUUCUUUGCUUUCAUACUUCUGGGUUCUUUCCCCAACGCUGCAAUACCAAAGCUUCAAUACUUGUAUGUUUUGUGAGUGUUUAUACUGCUAUUUGUGAACGGAUUGAUUACUCCUGAAUCAUUGCAAAUUAGCAAGCCUGGCUUAAAGUCACACACUCCAUCUUUUAUUAAAGGAACACUGCACUCCUAACAUUUUGCUAUUGUUGAUAUAAGAGAGCAGCAUUUAAAUGUGAACAUCAGCAGGAGCUCCCUGCCUGCUCCCCAUUGUCAGAGGGAAAAUAAAAAGUACACACAUUUCCUUUCUAGCAUGCAGUUUAAUGGGCCAUAAUAGUCGCAAAAAUGACAUGCUCUGAUUUGUCAGCUUAAAACUAGCAACCCUCCACUACUAUGUUUUUAACCACUGCAAAGGGGUUAAACUCAUAAUAGAAGUACCGCUGGCACCCGCAGAGCACUGCUGAUCUCUAACAGAAAUCUUAUGUCAUUUUUCUACUAUUUUGGCUCUUUAAUAUCACAAUUUUUCUUUACAUAUGCAUGUCUAAAUUGAAUCCCACCUGCAGUUUGUAUAAUUUGUCUGUGUACAAAGUUCUGUAAACAGAUAUAAAUAUUAAUUUUAUCUCUAACAGGUUAUAAAUAUAUAUGAUAAAAGAAAGACUAUCGCCUUCAGAUUUAGGCUUUAUAAAUCAUCUUCAAGUCACGGGUUUAAUAUCAGGCUGAUAAAUUGGGAGUCCUGCUGGUGCAAAAUGCAAAGUUGUUCAUAUUUUUUGUUUAUUAUAACAUCUGAUAUUUUUUCUAGCAACCAAGUAACGGAUAUUUUUUUGCUUUCAUUAAAACAUAAAAUAAAUUUUUUUUUAUUUCAUCUUUCGUGCACAGAUUGCACUAAAUGCACUUUUAUAAAUUAGACACAAGAUGCGGUGAUUAACCUUUAUUUUAGACAUAAGAUGAUUAACUCUUUCUGCCUUUACAUACUAAGCAGUUAUGUGUCCACAGCAAUGAUUAACCUCUUCCUGUCUCACAUGCAGUGUGUAGUGGGAUCAGCCAGACCAAGUUAUUACUGCUCCAAUUUAUACUUGUUUUCAAAUGCACACUGUAUUGUGUUUCACCAUUGCCUUAGGGCUUUAUUGAAGAUGAGCAGUGCUGAUGAACUACAAAGAAUCUUUGUACAUAAUAGUGACUCGUGCAUAAUAGACAAAGUGUUAUUUUAUGUUAGUACUCAGAAUAAACACAUUUCAUUCAUAGUUAAAUGUGCAGUAACAAAAUCUAUGCUUGGACUUACCAUAUUAAAGAGAAAAAUGUCCUUCUUACCUUUAGUCUGCUUCAUUUUACCAGUUCCAUUUGUCAGUCAAGACCACCUUCUUGGUAACAUAUAGCUCAGCUCUUGUAUUCUCCGCAUCACUUAAAUGCUUUUAUAGCCAUUGUUGUUGUACAAUAGGUCGCUGUUGUGCACCCUAUCAUAGCAAUAAUCAAAACCUCAUUGUCACUUAAACCAAGAGAAAAACACUGGGCAGCUCCUCAGGCUUAAAGCUGCAAUACAUUAUAUGGGGCAUUUAUUUAUUGUUACAGAACAAGGUUCAAUUAAAAUGUUACAGUGAUAUAAAGAUACACACACAUAACGCAACAUAUGUUAUAUAUAUAUAUAUAUAUAUGUGUGUGUGUGUGUGUAUAAAAAAAUAUAUAUAUAUGUAUGUGUGUAUGUAUAUAAAACAUAUAUAUAUAUAUAUAUGUGUGUAUAAAAUAUAUAUAUAUAUAUAUAUAUAUAUAUAUAUAUAUAUAUAUAUAUAUGCACGUAUGUAUAUAAAAUGUGUAUAUAUGUAUGUUGCAUUCAAUAUGGCUGAGGGGUAGGGAAUUAUUUCUUAGGUACACCUAUUGGUCUUUUACAUAAUGAUAUUGAUGAGAAUAAGCUAUAUAUCUAAUAUAUAUUUGAGUGAUCUCAUACUUUUAUAUUCCCCCUGUAGUAGUACUACAAAACAAAACGUGACUAUAAAACUCUUCUUUUAAGAAAGCACAUUUAUUAGAGGGAUGUAGCCCUUAAACUUGCAACCUUUUGGGCUACUCCUGGUCCUUAAUCAUACAUUUUUUUUAUAGAGAUAUAUCCCGCUCGUAAAUAUUUAUUUUAUGAACAUUUUAUGCUGUCACUGUUUAUUUAAGUUUGCAUUAUAAGCAGUAAGUCUAGGUGGCACAACACACAGUAUCUGCUGAUCUUUUAUAUAUGUGUGUGUAUAUAUAUAUAUAUAUAUAUAUAUAUAUAUACACACACACACACAUAGAUACUAUUAAAGGGAUACUAAACCCAAAUUUCUAAUUUCAUGGUUCAGAUAGAGCAUGACAUUUUAAGCAACCUUUUACUUUACUCCUAUUAUCUUUUCUUUGUUUUAGGUUCAACACCCUGGAUAGCGCUUCAGCAAUCGGCAAGUGCUACCCAGGUGCUGAACCAAAAAUGGGCUGGCUCCUAAGCUUUACAUUUCUGCUUUUUCAAAUAAAGAUUGCAACAGACUGAAGAAAAGUUGAUAAUAGGAGUGAAUUAAAAUUGCAUGCUCUAUCUAAAUCAUGAAAGAAAAAAAAUUGGGUUUUGUAUCCCUUUUUAAUUUACACACUAAAAUGUUUCAUAUUCUUUACCAGCCAGUGAACUUUAAUGUAACAUUUUCACUUAAAAAUAUUAAAAUGUUUAAUUGCUUCUCUUUUAGAAGUAUAGCUGAUUUUCCGUUUGCCAGAUUAAUGUCCCUUUAACUAAGAAUAUAUUUUUGUUUACUAAUUCCAGACCUUGAAAAUUUUACUGAUUUAAAUAAAUGCAAAGAAAAUUAUUCAUAACAUUUCUUGGAAUACAUGCAUUUCUCAAUUGUUUGUCAAAUCUUUCAAACCUGUAUUUUGCGUUGCUGUAAUGCUUGUGGGAUAUUCUACUAUCAGACCAAACUUGGCCAUUAGUCUUCUUAUCCUGGCGUCAAGUGGAAUGAUAGGAAAUAUCCCAGAGCAGAGAGAGAGAGUUUGUAAAAUGAGGUACGCAGUACUCACAGCAGGCAGGGCAUUACUCAGCGGCAACAGGAAGGUAAUCCAGCAGUAUGUCAGUUCAGGGGUAAAGCAAUAGAAGGACCAGGAACAGGCAGGAGUCGGCAACAAAAGGAUAUCCAGCAGUUUAACAGUUCAGGGGUAAACCAAUAGAAUGGUCAGACAGGCAGAGCUCAUCAACAGUAAAACAGUCCAGCAAUUCAUGGGUUAAUGCAAGCAGAGUAGUCAAAACAGGCAGAGUUCAUCAACGGUAAAGCAAUCCAGCAAUUUAGUGGCUAAGGCAAGUAGCGUAGUCAAACAGGCAGAGUUCAUCAACAGUUAAGAAGUCCAGCAAUUCAAGGGUUAAGGCAAGCAGAGCAGUUAAAACAGGCAGAGUUCAGCAACAGUAAAUCAAUACAGCAAUUCAGCAUACAGAUAUACAGCACCCAGGAGCAUAAGAAGUAACACCUAUACUUGGGCACAGGUGAGAGGGACUGAGGCCUUUACAUAGGGAAGACAGGGCGGGCAGUGAAGAUGUCAUCACUGCCGUAUCCCUAGCAACAGGAGUGCCUGUGUCCAUGGCAAUGGCCACAGCAGAGGAGCAGCGUGACAGUUUCAGUGAGAUUGUUUAGUUUUUGCAAGUAGUUUUGAUAAUGUCAUACAUACAAUUGAAGUUCUGCUAUGUUUUUCAGCUGUGUAUUAUUCUGUUAUCUUCCUAAUAAAAAAUACUAUUAUACAUCUA